CAGUGCAAGGGGCGGAACUUAGGAGAACACGACUCGCCUUGUUGUGUGUAUUCCCGUGCUCGCAUCGCCAUCUUGUUGCAAUCCUAUUUUUACGUAUGCAAGGAUCUACCUUUCGUUCUGCUCUGUUCAAAACCACUCGUGUUUUUUUAAAAGACACGAGACGCUCAGGUGCGAGGGACUAAUUGGCGCUUCCUCGCGGACACCACCCAGCCUCGCUCUUUUUCCGCCUCUGUCCCAGGCACCGGGUCGCCGUGCUGAGCAUUUACGCGCAAUGAGCAUCGACACACUUUUGGAGGCGGCCAGGUUCCUGGAAUGGCAAGCCCAGCAACAACAGACCACACGUGAGGAUGAUCGCAAAGACAAGGGCAUCAUCAAAAAGGAAGCAGAACCAAUUCACAUUGACCUGGUGAACUCCUCCUCUCAGCCAAUCAGAGCAGGUCACAUCACCUGGAGCGAUGACAAAAAACGGCAGCACCACUCCCCUGUCUCAGCCGCUCCCCCAUCUCUGGCGCCCCCACAGGUGCCAAUCGCUGUCAUCCCCAUGGUACCGGUCGUCACAGCAACCCCCUCCGUCCCACCUUUGCCCCUGACCACGCCCAUUCCCACAGCUGCCACGCCUCUCAACACCUCCUCUCCGCCGGCCAAAAAACCCUGUUCUCCUCCCCAGCAGAACCAUCGGCAUCUCCUCUGUGCAACCCAGGUGAAAGUAGAGCCGACCCCAAUUGCAUGUGGGAAGCCCGGGCAGCCUCAAGUCCAUAUCCCAUAUGCAGCCUCCAUGAACGGACCAACAUCACAGCACCCCCUAGUGGCGCACCAGAUGCAGCCUGCACUACAACAGCAGCGGCCCAAUGGUGUGGCCAUGGAAGAUAUGAGGUUGGUCCAAGGGAAGAGGAGGCCAGGAGGAGCGGGGACGAGAGAGGUGCACAACAAGCUGGAGAAGAAUAGGCGAGCACAUUUAAAGGAGUGUUUUGAGACUCUGAAGAAGAACGUCCCAAAUGUUGAUGAAAAGAAAACGUCCAAUCUCAGUGUCCUCCGCAGCGCCCUUCGUUACAUUCAGACCCUGAAGCGUAAAGAGAAGGAGUAUGAACAUGAAAUGGAGCGGUUGGCGCGGGAGAAGAUCGCGACUCAACAGCGUUUGGCCGAGCUGAAGAACGAGCUGAGCCAGAACAUGGAUGUGGUGGAGAUCGACAGAGUGCUGCGUCAGACCAUCCAACCUGAGGAUGACCAGGCCUCCACCUCUACUGCCUCAGAAGGAGAGGAGAACUUUGAACAGGACAUUGAUGAUGACAUCCCGCCUCCUCCCGCCACCACCUCUGCUCUUCUCAUCAAACCGGCACCACCUCAGGUCCUCCAGGCCCAGCCACUGCUCGCCCCUCACCUCUCCAUCCAGCACGCCGCUCUGCCUCUGUCCGGGGUCCUGACCACGCCCACGGUCUCCUCCGCCCCGACCCCGCAGCCCAUCGCCCCCGCCCCUGCCCCCUCCGCGCCUGUGGUCACUGCGGCUCACCCCAUCCAAAACUCCGCCGUGCAGGUCCAACCCACCGUCAUCGCACACGCCGCUGUCUCCCACGCGUCCGUCAUCCAGGCCGUCAAUCACGCCCUGCCGACCAACCACAAACAUCUGACUCACAUCGCGCCGUCGCCAGGUCCUGCCCCAGCCGCUACCCCUCAAGCAAUCACAGCCGCCCCCGCUACCCACCAGCCAAUUACGGCGCAGCAAAUCGGACACAUCACAGUGCACCCCGUGGCUCACAUAGGGGCGCAGCUCCAGUCCCAUCUCCCGACUCUGUACCCGCAGGGAGUGGCUGUUUCCCAGGGGGCGAUGGUGGGACACAUCACCCACACGUUCACCCACCACACCCUGCCCCACGUCCAGGCCAAUCCCCAGGCUAACGCUAGUGCUCAGGUGAACGGCGCUACAGUGGUUAGUCAGGGGAACCAGUCUUUAGGAAAGCCCACAGCAGUUUUGGCACCGCAUCCUCAGCUAGUGGGACAAGCAGCUGUUCUGAACCCGGUCACUAUGGUUACUGUGCCCACCUUCCCUGUCAGCACUCUCAAACUUGCCUAAAUGAACAGAAAACUGACAGUGUUUUUCACACUCCACAGAGACCUUUAUCAAGAAAUGGGACAAACAGCAAAUAUUUCAUUAUAUUUAAACAGUGGCAGAAAACCUCAAGCCAUUGUUUAUGAAAAUAUACAGGUGCAUCUAAAAAUUACACUAUUAUGGAAAAGUGAGUAUUUCUGUAGUUUAAUUUCAGAAAAGGCACAUAUUCAGUGUGCACGUAAUUCAUAAUGAUACAGGUAAAUAUUACGGACACCCUUCCUGUCCCCUUUAUUUGAAGUAAACACAAAUAAUUCAAGCAUUUAUUUAGAUUAUAUAGUAGAAUAUGUAACCAAACUGUGCUAAAUUUGGGACUUUCUUUUAAGCUCUUGCCUUUCAUUAUCAUUACAAUGCACAGGGUAUUUUAUUUUACUAAAUCAUACACUUACAUUUAAUCUUUACACUUUGAAUUGAAUUAAUGAACCGCAUUUUCUUUUCCACAAAUAAUUUUUAGAUGCACUUUUAUGUUUUAUUUUUGUUGAUUUUUUUGUUUCCUUUCCUAAAGCACUAACACUAUAAGCUCCCUUCUCACUCAGGCAUCAAGGAUGUACCGUAUUUCCUCCACUCACUGAAGGCAAAGAAAUGAAAAAUAGUAAUAUUCAUGGGACACGUUUUUGUGCAAAAUCUUGACACAAAUGUUUCAAUGAGCAGUGAAUUAGGUCAGUGGUGCCACAACAACAAACUGAUUCAUAAUGGUAACCAAAAUGUUCAUGUUUGUCUGUGUUAAAGUCAUGACUAAAUAAGCAUUGUCAGUGGUAUGGUAUGUGAAAACCAAAGUGUUAAUUAUCACUUAAUAGCCUGAAAACCCCAAAACCACCACCAAAACAAGGAAUAAAUAUACUUUUUGGAAAAAUGACAAGCCCAUUGAUCUGAAUCUAAGAAAAUUAUAGGCUUAAUAUCUUUAUAAUUGGCAUAACAUUGAAGCCACUACAUUCUGGACAUUUGACGAGCUGCUUUCUGUUUACUUAACACGUGGUGUACAAGGUGUUACAAGGAAGUUACGUUUUGUAAAACAUGGACUUUGUACUGUUAUUUAACCAAAACCUAUUGACUGUUGUGUAUAGGUUACAAUGUUCAAAGCUGACUUAUGGUUUUUCGGCAAGAGGAAAUGCACACCCCUGUACUAAUUGAUAAUGAAACUACUAUAAAACCUGAAUAGUUUUAAAAUGAUUUUGAUCAUAAGUUGUAAGGGUUGCAUGGUAUAAAAACAAUUUGACUUGAAAAUGUUAAUAUCAUUAAAACAGUUCUUACUAUAAUGAUUUCCUAAAAAGAUCAUUGCAUCUUAGUAACUUAAGGGCAAGACCAGACAAGAACAAAAAUUGGACCUAAUUGUUUCAUGUCUAUUUGAAAAGAGCAAACAACCCUCCAUUAUGUACUUGGUUACCUGGAAACAGAAUGACAUCCAACCACAGGCUUAUUCCAACUUAACUUAUAAUAAAUCAGACUUAUUGUUCUUCUCUUGAACUUGAUAGUAUUUAAAAUGUAGUACUGUAUAAUUAUAUGUGUGAAGUGGCUUAAAACUGCUCUUUAAACAUUCAGUGACAGGUUUCCUUUUGUCAUUGGGUCAGGUUACCCCACUAAACAUGUCUCACUUACCCUGUUCAUUUUGAUGCAACUGCUCCCCCUGCUGCUUCACCCUGGUAUCAUGCAGCUUUUACUGGCUAAGCGAGGUCUGGACAGUGUCUUUUCCAAUUAUAGUCUUUGCAAAAACAGACAUUGAAACAGUGGUUGGUUUGAUUAUUCAAUGUGGUCAUCUCUAAGGACAAUAGUUUGCUUGGUGUAAAUUGGUAUAACUGAUUCUGCUAAAUUAUCUACAAUCUUACAGAUGCUCCUUAAACAUGUAUCACUAUUGUUCCUCUGCAUUUAAUGGAACAAAAAUAAACAUGGCAUGUUAGCCUGUAUAAUUGAUUGAGAUAUUAACUCAGCAACAUCUUGAGCCAAACUAUUAGCUUUUUUGUAACAUAUUUAUGCCAACCCUGCCACUAUCUGGAAAAGAAAUAUCAAAAUUUCAAAAUUCACAAAUUAGACAAGUAUUUCAAUUUGAGAUUGUAACUUUUCCACAAUUUUUGAGCCCAAGUAAAAUUUAUAAUUAAAAAAGAUAUAUUUAAGAAUUUGGAAAACGUGUUGUGAUACCAUUCUUUGUUGGUGUGAUUGUCAAGCUUACAUCACUGUCUAUUGAGUCCAAGUUAUUUACUCCUAUUAUUUCUGUGUAAUGUUAUUCUGCUCCCCUGUAUGUUAUGUACCUAUAUGUAACUGUAUCCUAUAUGCUUUAUAUUAUGUAGUAUAUUAAUCCUACUGUAGUGUAGCAUGGCUGUACUUUUGGGUUAGUUUUGCCCCUUUGUGCAUGACGCGUGUGUGAAAAAGAGAGAAAGUGUAGCAAGUAGAAUAUUUUUUAUACAAAGGUGAUACUGGUAUGAGCCUAUCGUGUGUGCCUACAACUACAACUCAGAUUUCCUCAACACUGUGACAACAAGCUUCUGGCAAAACACGCUCUCUAAAUGUGCAAAAUGAAAGAGCCGGAGAUUACUGUUGAAAAUGUUUGUAAAUGUUUUUUUUUUUUUUUUUAGUGCACAGUGUAACUUUUCUGGUGAGGGGGUCCACCAUCUGUUUAUCUCUUUGGACAUGUAAUUGCCUAAAUCUAGAAUGUUCCACAGAAUAGCAGUAAACUUGUGUCUUGCUUGUAACCACUACAAGUACUUAAAUUGCUAAAGAAAACCACUAAGAAACUUUCUUCUUAGUGUAAGCUGGGUUGUCUCUCCACACUUGCUUGUAAAGAUUGAUAGGUUUAAUGCCAUACUGUGCAAUAUUCCAGUCAAACCAAUAACAUUUCCAUUAAGACAAGUAAGUGGUGAACUCUUGAACAAAACGUUACAUAAUGCCCUUUUGAGUUGUUGCUUUUGUGAGUUUGACUGGGCAGAAAUUAUAAAAAAAAAAAAAAAAAAAUCUAAAAAACAAAACAAAACCUCUUGAUGACCCCAAUAUUCAAAUUGCGUUUUGUAAAAUUUGUAUGUAUGGAAAUUUUGUACAUUUGUGAUCGUAUGCACGUUUUUGGCAUAUGAGUGUAUGUAUCUAAAGGUAAACACAAAAAUGCUUGUUCCUUUUAAUAUGUUUUGCAUGUAGAAGGCUGUUGAGUUUUGACUUUUUGUUUGUACGUUUCUUUUUGGGACCAUGUAUAAAACUGUACAACGUGGGCAGGAUCUAGGACCUCAUGCAACAUUGAUAUUAUAUAUGAAUAUAACGUGUUUUCCCUAUGGAGAAAGUUUAAGUUAUAUAUCGCCUGUACACUUUGGGCUGCCUUUUAGAUCUAACUGUCCACUGUUUAAGAUGACAUGAUGAUGAAUACAGAUAUUAAUGAAGAAUUAUGCUGAUGGAUUAAUAAAGAUUCUUAUUACAUUUA